AGUCUUACUAGGAAGCACUAACUGAAAAUGACCCAAGACAAACACGCCGUCAACAUCAGUAAUGAUUCAGUUCCUCCAGAUUAGGUGCUAUUUCUACUUCUAAAUGGAUUUUAAUUGUAACACUGAAUUAUUGUUACCCAAGGAAUAAUAAACUCAUUCAUUCAGAACAACUAAUUGCAACAUAUUUCUACCAGCACAUUUAAGGAUGCCCAGACAUGAUGAUAUGAACAGCUAUCUCCAACAACAAACCUCACCAUUUGACCAACAGGUGCUUUCUAAAUUCCUGAACAUCAGCCCAAAGGCUUUGGGGGCUUUGGAAAUAUCAGUAGGUAUAGAAAUGCUUGUUCUAUCAAUCUGGACAAGGUUUUUGUAUCUUCUCUGGCCGUGUCUAAUUUCAAUUUUAACUGGAUCUGUGACUAUCUCAGCUGCACACAUUCGUAGCACAUGUCAGGUCAGAAUCUCACAGCUUCUGAACUGUUUCAGUGCCAUAGCAGCCGUUGUCUCCAUUCCAUGUCACUGUUUGGACAGUGAGGGUAAGACUCUAAUUCUCUUGCUAGUCUGUGAUGUUCUGAUCUUCAUCCUCUCUGUUAUUGUGGCCUCUACAUUUUGUGACUGCUGCAAGAAGUCUGGGCGAGCUGCAGUGAGUUACAUAAAAAGAGAUGUGCCUUACAUGACUGAUAACAAUACUGAGCCUCAGGGACAACAAAACCCCUUUAUACCUCCACCAUACAGUGAUCAAGGCAGUUCUGCACUUCAAUCAAACUACAAUCCAAAACUUUCUGCACCUCUGCCAAAAUAUGAUCUAUAUCCUUCUCUGGCAAACUACAUCCCAAAUAAUGAUGCAGUCUUGUCUUCACCUUCGUUUAAUUAUGAUCUACAUCUUUCUGAACCUCUACCAAGCUAUGAUUCACGUCCACCAGCAUCUGCAUUGAACUGUGAUCCAAGUCCUUCUGCCACUCCAUUGCCACAACUAUAACUAAUGGGAUUGUUAUGAUCAUUGGAAGAAAUCACCCAGAGUGCUUUAUUUUAGCCCACUUUUGUUUGAAAAUGUAUAAAUUCAUGUAUCGUGUGUAGGUGUUACUCUUUUAAAAGUUUUAUAUUUUCAGUAUUCACAUAUUUAUUAAUAUAAUUCCAGUAUUUGUGUAUGAAUCAUUGAUUUUACAUCACUUUGUUGUUUUUUUAGCUGUAUAUGUAUAUUUUUUGUCUGACAACUACAAGUUCAAGAAACAAUUAAAUGUUUGUUUUGGCAGUAUAUGGUGUGUACUAAGAA